GUAUGAGGUGUCUAUGCUCGCGCGUUGCCCCCGCUUUUCGGUGCACCACGGGGCCGUCGUCAGGUGACCGUAAAUCUCCACUUCAGACGUGGAGAUGUGUCGUAAAAUAUUUAAAUUCAGGAUGUCGUCCCCAGCCAUAGUUGUUUGAUAUGAAGUAAAACCUGGGAUUGCUAACAUGGGAAAGAAGCGUACAAAGGGAAAAAACAUACAGCCGGAUGACUCACUGGAUGCACUGGGGCCUGUGUGCAAACACCUUCGCAAAGGACUGGAUCAAGGUCAUCUGAAAAAGGCAUUGCAGAAUGUGGACUGGAACUCUUGCCAGGAUUGCCAGCCAUUGAACAGUGGUACACGUGAGAAGUCUGAAGAAGAAGCUGAAGAUAGACCAGUGAUAUGGUUAUGUCUAAAGUGUGGCCACAGGGGCUGUGGCAGAAACUCUGAACAACAACAUGCUUUAAAGCACUAUGAAACAUUAAGAUCAGAGCCUCAUCCUUUGGUUCUCAAUUUGGACAGCUGGAGUGUGUGGUGCUACUUGUGUGAUAAUGAGAUCCCCUAUAGCAGUUCCACUCAGUUAGGCCAACUUGUGGAUUAUGUUAGAAAGCAAGCCCGUGUCCACACCCAGAAUGCAGAAUCUAAAGAUGAAGAAAAUAAGCCAUUGGAAAACAAAAAAAUAAAAGACCAUAUAAAUGAGGAAGAGAGGGGGAAAAAGGAGAAAUUGGACAAAGAUGACAAAUUUCAUUUGAAUGGCAAUGCUGAAGUUACGGUGAAAGGUCUUAGUAACUUGGGCAACACAUGUUUCUUUAAUGCUGUUUUGCAGAAUUUAUCGCAGACACCAGUUCUGAGGGAAUUGCUGAAGGAAGUUAAAAUGCCUGACUCAACAAUUACAAUUGAACCACCGGAAUUCUCAAUUACGGAGCCUCUAGCAGUUAAGCUUGAUCAGCCGAGACCUCUUACAUUAGCAAUGUGCCAGUUUCUGACAGAAAUGCAAGAGACAAAAAAAGGAACCGUGACCCCUAAAGAUCUCUUCUCUCAGGUCUGUAAAAAAGCCAUACGAUUUAAAGGCUUUCAACAGCAGGACAGCCAGGAGCUGCUUCAUUAUUUACUGGAUGGGAUGCGAACCGAAGAAAUCCAACGGACUUGUGCUGGAAUUCUUAAGGCACUGAAUAAUUUUAUUGAUAAGGAAAAUGAAGACCUGAAAAAGAAAAUAAAAGAGUAUGAAAAGAAAAAAGUAACACAAAACUUUGUGGAUCGUAUUUUCGGUGGAGAAUUAACAAGCACAAUCAUGUGUGAGGAGUGUCAAACUGUUUCUUUAGUGCACGAGUCAUUCCUUGAUUUGUCACUCCCUGUCUUAAAUGAUCAGGGUGGUAAGAAAAAAAAUGAGAAAAAUGUUAAAAAGAUACAGGAAAGGGAGAUGGAGAAUAAUGAAGACAAUGUGGGAAAUGACUGUUAUUUGAAGUCAAGAGAAGAGGAUCCUGGUACAAGUAAGCAUCUCCAGAAAAAGGCAAAGAAAAUUGCCAAGAAGCAAGCAAAGAACCAGCGGCGUCAGCAAAAAUUUCAGGAAAAGGUGAUUCCACUUACAGAUAGCUGUCCCAUUGAAAAAUCUGAACCUCAAAAUGUUUGCACUAACAAAAUAGUAGAAAGUAAUGAAAUUGUGGAAAUGGACUCUGAGGAGACUUGCCUAAAACGAGAGGAGGAGCCAUUAAAACCAUUUGAAGAUCAUAAUGUGGAUCAAAAAGAGAAUAUAAAUGGACAAGAAUUAACAUCAGAUCAACAGAAUACAGACGAACACAGUGAAAAUACAGAUGCUUCUGACCCAGAGGCAAACAGUGAAGUCAGCAUGGAUGUUCCCACAGAAGAGUUGGUUUCUACUGAAGAGUGUGUCAAUAAAUUGGACCAUCUGUCUCUUAAAGAGGACAGUCUUGAGGAAGAAGAAAAUACAGCCAAUGAUUUCAACAGAUUAUCCUUCGAUGAGGAACCUGUUGAUGAUGAUCUAGAAAGCUUGAAUGAAGAGCAUAAUUCUGAGACAAAAAUGUAUGAAGUAGUGAAUGAAGAUCCACAGACAGCUUUCUGUACUCUUGCAAGCAGGGAAGCUAUGACUAUAGAAGAAAAUUCAAUCCUUCAUUGCUUGUUUCAGUUCACUCAUAAUGAGAAACUUUGUGACAACAAUAAACUGCUCUGUGAUGCGUGCACACGCAGACAACUUUGUGGACCAAAGACCACAGGAAAAAAUGCCAAGAAACGUGUUUACACAAAUGCCAAAAAACAAAUGCUUGUUUCUCUUGCUCCUCCAGUUUUAACUCUACAUUUAAAAAGAUUUCAACAGACAGGUUAUAAUCUCCAAAAAGUGAACAAGCACAUAAAAUUUCCUGAAGUGAUAGAUUUAGCUCCUUUCUGCUCAAUUAAGUGCAAGAAUGUAGCAGAGGGGAGUUCUAGAGUACUUUACUCCUUAUAUGGAAUCGUUGAACAUAGUGGCACCAUGAGAUCUGGCCACUACACAGCUUAUGUGAAGACAAGAGCUCCUAACAACCACAUUUCUGAUCUUGUCCUCCAUGGCAAGUUUCAACAAACUUCAGAGACUGAGUCAUCUAAAGGACAGUGGUUUAAUAUUAGUGAUACCCAUGUACAAGAAGUGCCUGUAUCCAGAGUGCUGAAUUCACAAGCAUAUCUCCUGUUCUAUGAAAGACUACUAUAAAUGUCCUAAGGAAUCUUCCCUACAUUUUUUUUUUGAAACCAAGGAAGUGGAACCAAAAAUACAGAUCAUGUUCAGUUGAAUAUUCA